GCUUACAGGCUUACAGAUAAAGGCCCCACUUUAAUUUGAGAUCCACUAAAAAUUUUAGAUUGCUACAUAGUAGAAGAAGUCUUCGACUCUUCGACUUUUCGACUUUUCGACUUUUCGUGAACUUUCAAUUAUUAUCCAAUAAGCUUUCCGAUUGUUAGAAUAUCGGCGUCCAAGGACCUUGACGGUUCAAUUCGAUCUAUCUUCCGACAUUCUCUCACCCUGGCCUCGUUCAGGCUGACAGCACAAUGGGACCGCAACGAUCUACUUCGCUGUCUAACAGGACAGGAAACAAGCUUUACCGCCAAUCACUGUAUGUCAAGCAGAAAAGAGAGCGUGAAAAGGAAAAGCGCGAAGCUCGAUUCCGGAGGAAGAAGGAAGAAGAUAAAGAGCCCGAAUUAAGGGCUCAGAGGGUUGCGCAAAACCAGCCAUCGACCAUUGACCGAAAACGAGUCUGGGACGACGUGGACGACGAUGGGCUAGGCGCAAGCGUUGAUAUGGAGCAAUUGCUCAAGAAGCGCCGUUUACAACAAGAGGAGGCCGAAGAAAGACUAGCUGCGGGUCUAGAUGAAGCGUCUGAUCCUGAAAAGGACGACGAUAAUGACGAUGAAGAUAGUAUGUUAGGUUCGGACGACGACGAUGAAGAAGAAUCCGAUGAGGAAGCAGCGGCGAAGGCUCGCGCUAAGCAGGUCAUUCGAGAUGAUAGUCUUGCCCCCUCAACCACUUCAACGAAUCUUGACCUUACGCCGGAAUCAUUGGUGUCUAAAUUCCCGUCGCUCUUCUCUGACGAUGUGCCCGCGGAACCUAAAGUCCUGGUUACCACCACUCUCAAUUCGACUCUACACGAUCAAGCGAGACUACUUUGCACAUUAUUUCCUCAUAGUACGUAUAUACCGCGGUCGGCGCACAAGUACGGCCAUAAGUAUAGCGUGAGGGAGAUUUGUAAAUUUGCAGGGAAUAGGGGUUUUAACUCUGUUAUGAUUCUCAGGGAGGAUUUGAAAAAACCGAUAGGCUUGGACAUUAUUCACCUACCGUCGGGACCGACAUUUCACUUCAGUAUCUCAAACUGGGUCGAAGGGAAGAAGCUACCUGGCCACGGUAACCCGACAAAUCACUAUCCAGAACUUCUACUCAACAAUUUCAAGACGCCACUAGGUGUCCUCACCGCGCGGCUCUUCCAGUCGCUUUGGCCCAAGACACCCGAGCUACAAGGACGCCAAGUGGUUACUUUACACAACCAGCGUGAUUAUAUCUUCUUGCGCAGGCAUAGAUACAUCUUUCGAGAUAAGAGGGCGACGGAGAAGAGUGUGGUUGGCGCCGACGGGAAAGAGUUGAAAGGAGUGGAAAAUAUUCGAACAGGUCUUCAAGAACUAGGUCCGAGAGCAACCCUUAAGCUUAGGCGUAUAGAUAAGGGAAUCGGCCGGGCAGGGAGCGAAGGAGAUGACGCUAUACAAUGGGAAUGGAAGGCGAAGAUGGAAAAGCAACGAACUAGAUUUAACCUCUAAGUCCCUCUCGUCAGGCUUAUUACUUGGUUGUUGUCGAAUGCAAGCAUAAGCCAUGAGAGGUAAUUUAAUAUACCCAUGCAUCCGCUCACAUUUAAGAGAAUUGGUGCUCUUACAUGUAACAAUUAUAUGUCGGUAUCCGGCAUCUAGCAUUUGGCAUCUGAGAUGAGAUUAGGAUGUAGGUACUUAGGUACAUGUACCUGGUGUUCAGCAGGGCAGGGUUGCCACUUGGCUAUCUCACAUUUGUGGCUUGUACCUAGGAUAGGCUAGCUGACCAGGGCCACUUAUCUUAUUAACUUACCUCCAGUCCCCUGCUAAUGUUCCCUCAUGACAUCUGCGGAUGACCUACUCUACCAUACCCUACCAUACUCUACUCUACCAUUUCACCUCCAAUUCAUCUAUCG